ACAGGUCCCGCCUGCCCUCAGGCUGAUGCCCAUCCAGCCCGCCGAGCCCCCGGCAUGGAGUGAGUCUAUGCACCCCCUGCGGAUAAGCGUGGGGGGCCUCCCGGUGCUGGCGUCCAUGACCAAGGCCGCGGACCCCCGCUUCCGCCCCCGCUGGAAGGUCAUCCUGCCCUCCUUCGUGGGCGCCACCGUCCUCUGGCUGCUGUGUGCCCACCGCCCGCCCCCGGGCAGGCCCCUUGCACCCAGUGCCCACCGCUGGGGGCCCGGCCUGGCGCCCGAGGACCAGUACAAUGACACGUACCCGCUGUCGGCCCCCCAGAGGACGCCGGGCGGGACUCGGUACCGCAUCGCGGUCAUCGCCGACCUGGACACGGACUCCAAGGCCGCGGAGGAGAACACCUGGUUCAGUUACCUGAAGAAGGGCUACCUGACCCUGUCGGACAGCGGGGACAGGGUGUCUGUGGAGUGGGACCCGGGCCACGGGGUCCUGGAGUCCCACCUGGCGGAGAAGGGGCGGGGCAUGGAGCUGUCCGACCUGGCGGUCUUCGACGGCAAGCUCUACUCCGUGGACGACCGCACCGGCGUGGUCUACCGCAUCGAGGGCACCAGGGCCGUGCCCUGGGUCAUCCUCUCCGACGGCGACGGCACGGUGAGCAAAGCGGCCGACUUCGGCCGCGUGGCCGCCCGCCACGUCGGGGCGCCCGUGCCCACGCACGGCUUCUCCGCCUUCAAGUUCGUGCCCGACACCGACGACCAGAUCAUCGUGGCCCUCAAGUCCGAGGAGGACGCCGGCCGCGUGGCCACCUACAUCAUGGCCUUCACGCUGGACGGCCGCUUCCUGCUGCCCGAGACGCGCAUCGGGAGCGUCAAGUACGAGGGCAUCGAGUUCAUCUGAGCCCCCGAGGCCGCGCCCGCGUGGGCCUGCGCUGUGGCCUCCCUCUGGCCCUGGGGUCUGCGCCCGGCCGCUCUCCAGAGCGGGUUUGCCCCCGCGGGCACCUGCCGGGCGGCCCCUCGCGGGUGUCUCGGCCAGCGCCCCAGCGGCGGCCGCCUCCUGCCUUUGCACCUCAGGCGUGACGUCCACCCCUCCCUGUCCGCGGGGCCUCGGGCGGCUGCGGGAGCCAGGCCCGGGCGCUGGGGGGCGCCCUCCCCCCCCGGAAGAAUCUGGCGAUUCCCUGCAGGAAAUGGGGGGCUACGUGGCACUUUGAAGCUUUGAUUAUGAACUGAAGUUAAUUAAAGCAGUUUUAUUUCUUGUAA